AUGUGUAAGAUAGAUACUGCCUACAGGAAAAUUAACGAGACCUUUGCAGAAAAGAGGACCACCUGUAUGAAUAUCAAGAGCUCUGAUGGAAAACCAGUCCUAAGCAAAGAAGGGAAAGCAGAAAGGAGGAAAGGGUAUAUAGAGAUUCUAUACAAGAGCAAUGUAAUUCACAGCAAUGUUAUGGAAAUGGAAGUGGACAUACAUGAAGAUGACAUGGGAGAUGUGAUACUACGAGAAGAAUUUGCCAGAGCACUGAAUGACUUAAAUCAAAACAAGGCCCCAGGAGUAGACAAAAUUCCAUUAGUACUAUUGGGAGAGCCAGCCAUGACAAAACUCUACCAUCUGGCGAGGAAGAUGUAUGAGACAGGCAAAACACCCUCAGACGUCAAGAAGAAUAUACUAACUCCAAUCCCAAAAAAAGCAGGUGUUGACAGGUGUGAAAAUUACUGA